AAAUUUCCCGUCAGCCUCACCAACUCUCCGACACUUGCAGGUGCUCCCCGGAACUAGGAAAGGGACACAUCCUGCUCCUGUCCAGCUGAGGAAAAAUGCAGUAGGAAAACUGAAAAUGUGUAGGGAUGAGGAGACGCACCAGAAAAAAGGAGUAAGGCGAUGGGAAGUGUAUAGAAUAGAGAUGCAGAGUAAAAGAGCCCCGAGGCUCCAAGCGAGGAUGGGGGACCGGAGCCUCUCACCAGUGAACCGUCGAGGGGGUGGAGAGGGGGGAAAUCCGCAGCCUGGGAUUGGCCGUCGCUCUGCCGGCCAGUGACGCGCGGCGGGCUGGCCCCUUUGUGACGUCACAAUCAGCUGUUUGAACAUUCCAAUUUGUGCCGUGACCUCCGCUGCUGCGGCCGCACAGACACCAAGCCCCGCGGGCGAGCGCAGCAGCUCCAAGCAUCCGGCCGCUACCCCGCCGCCUCCCGGCCCGGCUCCCACGAUGCAGCCUGGCCUGUGAGCCGCUGGUCACUCUAGGACGCUCCGCCGCACAACUACCUCAGCGCCACCCCCUCCCGCCGCACCACUCUGCCCGUCGCACAGCUCUGCCUGCAGGUUUUUGCACUGCCAUAGGGCGCCCCCGUGAGGCCGCUUCACUGCCCCACCAUGUUCCAGCGCCUCACCAGCCUCUUCUUCAGCACCCCUUCGCCUCCUGAAGACCCCGACUGCCCCCCCGCCUUCGUCUCCAAGGAAAAUGAAGUUGAUGGCUGGCUCAUCAUUGACCUGCCGGACAGCUACGCAGCUCCCCCCAGCCCUGGGGCCGCCCCUGGCCCGGCGGGCCGCCCUCCGCCCGCGCCCUCCUUGAUGGACGAGAGCUGGUUUGUUACCCCUCCCGCCUGUUUUACCGCAGAGGGGCCGGGCCUCGGGCCUGCCCGCCUCCAGAGCAGCCCCCUGGAGGACCUUCUCAUCGAGCACCCCAGUAUGUCCGUUUACGUCACCGGCAGCACCAUAAUGCUAGAGCCUGGGCCGCCUUCCCCACACCCAGACGCUGCCCUUCCUGACGCCGACCUCAGCGACAGAGAGUUGGCACCCGCCCGCCGCGAGACCCGGGCUCUGCACCACGCCGCUGCUCCCCUGCCAGCGCGGGCAGUGCUACUGGAGAAGGCGGGCCAGACGCGGCGGCUGCAGCGGGCCCGACAGCGGGCCGAGCGCCACGCGUUGAGCGCCAAGGUGGUGCAACGGCAGAACCGCGCCCGUGAGAGCCGUCCACGCCGGCCCAAGCACCAGGGCAGCUUCGUCUACCAGCCAUGCCAACGCCAGUUCAACUACUGAGUGUCGGACGGCCGCAUCAUGAAUCUGUCGCUGUCGCUUAAUACCCGUCUGUCCCCUAUGGAGCGGCCAGUGUGCUGCUCGAGGUGGGCUGGAUACCACACCCUCCCUGUCCUUAAGAGUAUGAGGUGGAGUGAUGGCCCUUCCUCGACUCCCUGGAUUUCCUCAUCUUUAACCAUCUAAGUCCACCUCUGACUGCCACCUCCAGGCUCUCUCAUCCUCCCCACACUCAGCAUCUAAUCCUUCAUCCUUUCCACUCUUGAUACUCACGCUUCCUUCUCUGGCCCCUAUCACUGUCUCUCUCUUUCACCUUUGUCCUCUUGGCCCACUCCUCUAUUUCUGAGAGACUUUUCCACCCUGACUUGGCUCAUUCCUGAUCUUCAACUUGCACCUUUCCUGGAUUCACUCUUUUCCUAUGUUUGGCAUUAUACUCCUGUCCCCUUGUUUGUUCCCAGUAAUUUCCUCCCAAAUGGAUAAAGGGAGGGGACUCUGAGCUCACCCUGUGCAACCCCUGUCACUGCCGUUGCCCUUCAGGAAGGGGUCUGGCUCAGAGUUUCAUUUUUAAUCUCUCCCUUCUUUUUGCCUAGGGGGCUGGGCUACUGGAGGCUGCUUUUAGGCCUGGAAAGGUAAAGUAUGUGAAAGAGGACAGUGAGAUGUGAGCUUGGUGGAGAAGGUGGAAGGAGUCAAGGGAAUGAAGCAGUCUAAUGGAGAAGUAGGUAGGACGUAUUGGGAAACUGUAGAGAGCAGGGCAUUAUGGGAGCUGGCACUGGGCUUGCUCAGAAAGGCAAGCCCUGCUCUCAGGCUGUAGCCUAGAGUCUGCCCCCACUUUCCUUUCCUAUAAUCCUACCUCUCAUAUCUUUUCCUGAGGUGUUACCCCUCUGCAGGCUCCUGAGUCUGAAGGGCUUUAGUACCUUGCUAUCCUACCUUGACAUGCCACCCCAGGAGUAGAAGCUGGGAAAGGCUCCGCUAUCCAGAGCAAGAGUUCACAUGCCCAAGGUGCUAGAACUACAGUAGGAGAGAUAUAGGCCAGAGGGCUUUUAGGCAGGGAGAGAGCACACACCCCAAGGUAAGAAUGCAGAAGAAUGAUGCUAAAGAGGACAAGCUGUGGGAUGAAGCCCUAUCAAGACUGACAGCUCAGCCUUCAUCUUGCUUCUGGCCUUAUCUUUCAUAUCCUGCUUAGUAUGGCUAAUAAACACUCCUGGGUAGGAGGCCAGGACCCCCACUGUUCCAGUUCCCCAAAUAUCCCUAUCAAGGUUCAGGACCUUCAAGGAUCUCAUUUUCCCUCACAGGGUUCUUCCUUUCUAGGCUUCUGGGGAGAAAUGGGUAUCCUAUGAACCCCUCCUCCUUUCCUUUAAUAAGUAUCUAAAGCAAGGAACCUGAAUCCCUGGGUGAGAGACUAGGGACAGGGAAGGCUAACUUUCCCCUUCUUGUGGUGGGAUUGAAUUUUGGGCUUAGACACCAGCAACAGCCUCUUGGGAUGCCCUGAAUUGCUUCCCAUUCUCUUUCUAGCUGUCUUUUUCUAGUGUGUGCUUUCUUCCUUGAAAUUUUUAAGAUUUCUUGUUACAUACUAACAUAGGUCUUCCCUUUCACUCCAAUUCCAGGUUUCCAGGCCUCACAGCCAAACGGGUUGGAAAAAACUCCAUUUCCAUUAGGGCAAAGGCAGCUGCCCUCCCUGAUUCUAUAGUCCCAGGCCUCACAUGGCACUCGUGGGGAAGGGAGGGGAGGAAUCCCCAAUGGACUCUGGGGUAGGGGCAGAAGCAGCCCUGCUGGGUCUCCUAUCUCAAGGAAUAAGCCAAAUUGGCAUUACAAAGAGCAAAGUCCCCCAUGCCUGCUUACUAGGACCCUAGUAGUUGACAACCUUGCUCCUCUCCCCAGGUUCUCUAGUUAUAACCUAGUAUACUUUUAUUCUUCUAGCUACCCCUUGAUUACAUCACAGCCAGUUUAGGAUCUUUAGCAUUCCAACAGCUAAAACUAACCCAACUCUUCUUGCUAUUUCUCACUACCAGCUGGGGCCUAUGCUAGUCCUGGCCAGUGCCCAUGAUCCUGCUGGUAGAAGAGUGAUAGGGCAUUUUGGCUCAAAUUUCUAAAGGCUCUGAGCCUUACCUGUAUUUCUGGAGGCUCCUAUAGUUCUAGAACCCUCCUAUCUCACUUGGCUGAUUGCAAGGCUCAUAUUUUUUGUACUUUCCUAUAAAUUCUGUAGCAUUUGAGUAUGGCAAUAUUUUAAUUGUGUAUAGAUUUCUAAGAACCAACACUACUCAGUCUCCUGCUAGUCUGACUCCUGAAGCAUCAGACUUUGUCAUACUGUAUUGACUGUGUAUGUGCCUUUCACCUUGAGCAUGCUUCAGGAUUUUUUUUUAAACCACAGAACUUGAAUAAAUGAGGGAACCAGAAUUCACAAAGUCCUAUGCAACCUUAGACAGGAGAGGGUGAGUCUGUCUUGAUGUUUUCAGAGACUCUGGAGAAGUCUGUAUCAGUUUGUGAGUAUUAAUGUCAUUACUACCAGCACUUUUCCAAAACUAAGGAUGUCAGAGAGAGCAGUUACUAUAUCAAAUAGUGACUUCCAGUUUUUCCCAGUAGGUCUUAGUGGUUCCCUCGAGCUGGGUGUCACUAACCCUUGCCAGAAUAGCCCUAGAGGGUACCGUGUGUAUGAGUGCAGUCUGGUGCUGUUUUGGAAUACCCCUGUUCCCCAGCCCCCUGCCUGGAAACCUAUGAUCAACUUGCUGUGACCCAUAAUGUCUUAGGUGCAACAAGGAACCCACCAGAGCUCUUGGAUGCCUUCCUCAGAUUCAUGUAACUUUGUGUAAGGAGACUGAAUGCAGACACACUAUAGCCCACUUCUAAUACCUUCCCUCUUACCCUGCCACCUAGUUUCAAAUAGAACCAACAAGUUGAGUGCAUCCCUGUUGAGGGUUUUGUGUUGAGACUGGCUGCAAUGAGGAGACUGGUUGACCAUGUUAUGAUGGGUUGACAGACUCAAGGACACAAUCACCUUGACCUGGUCAUGUGGCAUGCCUGUGUAUGUGUGUAACAGGAUUCUGAUUAGAUUGUAAUGUUAUUCCUUUAUUGGAGAAAAAAAUUAAUAUAAACAAAUAAAAAUCUAUUUAAAGCACA